GACAUUCGAGACGUGUCUUGUGUUCUUUUACAACAAGUGGGCGACCAAGAUGCAGUUCCUCAAACGCCACUACAAGAUUCGCAUUAGUGGACGCGGCCUCGUGGCGUUGGAGUGGGAAGCUGGACCGGAGACAGAAGAGCGCGUGUCCUGUGCCGUCGUCGCGGAACGGGAUAUUUUGAAGAAGACAUUGGAGAGGAAGCCUCGGCUGUUUACCUUUCCCCACAGUCUGAACGUGGAGGUGGCCUUUGAGGAGCCUCAGCGGCUUCCCCAAUCGGACCAGUUGAAGUACCUGCCGUCCAAAACCAUUUCUACGCGCGAUCUGCACACAGCUAAACCGACGAGGCAGACACAGAUUCAAGUUCAGAUACAGCCGAGAAAGAUGACUGUGAGUGUGACGGAUGAGAGCUGUCCUACGCGCGCUGAAGCAAUCCAGAUCAAUAUUUUCUACCCAACGAUCGCUCAAAUGCCGAAGAUCAAGUAUGUGGGUGAUAUAGUUCGCUUUCACAAGGUGAAGAUUCAGCAAUACCAGGAUAGAAUCCAAGGCCUCAGUCUACCACGAGGCACACGACAUCUCGUUAUCCGAGAGCAAACCGACGGUAAGCUGGAGCAGCUUACAUGCUCUGACAACUGGACUUUCGAGCCUUCCGACGAGCAGCGCGUUCGCCACCUCAUUAAAUGGGCGCAGAAAAGCUUAGCUGAGGACGCUACUUUACCGCAGGGCUGGGCUGUAGCGCCCAAGCUCCUGGCCGAAUUGAGCCAGGCCGAAAACUUUAUCGACCUCGUCGUGCGCGUCCUGUACCUGGACGACUCUGAGGAGCCCACUCGGUUGAUUGUUUGGGACGGUUCUGGAAGUACAGCCGAUUCAGAUCCGACACUCGUUCGCGUAUUGACAGAUCACGGGAUUCCAAUUCCACCCAAUGGAAUGCUGAAGGAAGUGAUCAUGUCGUCCUGCUGGAGCGUCGUGAGCGAUAUGGGCUUCGUCGAUGGAAUACUCGAACACUGGUGCCGAUUCCGCAAUUUGGCAGUGGGGACUGACGAGGCUGUUCCCGGGGCUGCCAAUGCACCUGGAGGGAGGGAAAUCCUACGCUUCAGAGAAGUAACAUCUCUCAUGCUGAUGGCCAACUUCACAAUUGACGUGAAGCAUCGUCUUUCGUUGAUGAAUGAACCGAACCCAGCAGGUACCGCGACAGGCAGCGUUGAAGGAGGCCAAACUGGUGUUGACCAAGACCAAAACCCUGCUGCCGCUAACCAAGUCGAAGUUGCUACGGUAAUCCCGGAGCACAUCAAGGUGAAAGUCCCAGUGACCCCGUUACAAGAAAUCCUCCGUUCCCCCAAGACACCACGCAAGUUCCAUUGUUGCGCCCGGGUGCGCGGCAUUUGGCCAACUGAUAUCGAGAAAAUCUGCAAGCCCAAGCCUGGCAGUCAAAACGAGUACAUCUACUCGUUCGCCCUGACUGUAGAAGAUAAAGCGGAGUCCCUGAAUAUCAUCGUAUACGGCAAGGAUGCGCACCAGCUCCAAGUCUCUCCUGGAGAAGCGGUUUACAGCGCUGAUGCGAACCCCUGA